AUGACCUCCCCCCGGCAGCCAACAUCGGCCGAGGCCUCACGCCUCCUCCCAGCGGAGGGCAGGCCCAAAGUCGAUCCCCUUCUGCCGAAUCCGCUAGAAGCCCACACCGACUCAGACGCGGAUCCUCACCUUGGCGAAAAACCCUAUUCCCACCACCCUCGUAAGCCGACAUUCCUGGAGCGACUUGCCGGAAGCUGGCUGUUCGAGUUGCUCGCCUUGAUCGUUUCGGCUGCCAGUUUAGCUGCGAUGGUGUACAUCCUUCAGCGGUAUGACGGGCAGAGGCUCCCCGACUGGGGUCCGUUGUCUUUCAACACGCUGAUCUCGAUCCUCGCUGUCGUGUCCAAGAUGGCAGCUCUGUACGGGGCUACAAGCGCCAUGGCCCAGAUGAAAUGGGUUUGGUUCACGGAGCAUGGCAAAAGCCUUGUCGAUUACAAGACGUUUGACACUGGAACCCGGGGCUUGGCUGGUGCUGCUCUGCUGGCUUGGUUCCUUAAGGGGCGGAACGCUGCGUUUAUCGGAGCACUCGCUAUCAUCAUCGGUGUCGCUGCCGGUCCUUUUGCUCAACAGAUCGUCCAUUUCUAUGAUGCCGAGUAUGUCGACGUCGCCCGAACUGCGUGGUUGUCCAGAGCCGAUACCGUCGCGGCCCUCGGCCCCAAGAUGGACUCGUCGACAUGGACGCCCGACCUCGUUUUUAAAUCGAACGCCGUCACCGCCCUAUUCCUGCCGACUCAAGAAGUCCUCUCUCAACCACAAUUCAACUGUCCCACUGGUAACUGCAGCUGGGCUCCCUUUACCACUCUCGGUUUCCGCCCAACUUGUGCCGACCUAUCCUCCCAACUCAACCGCACCUGCAAACCGGUCAACAACCAAACCACGGUGCAAUCCUGCACCGUUUCCUUUCCAGGUGGCGACGAUGCCCUCAGCCUCUGGUACAUCGCCGACCCCGACUAUCCGGGUUCAUCAACCUACAUGGUCGUCAACUCCACGGAUGCCAUGAAUGCCACCGCCCUCACAAACAUCACUUGGCCAACAAAAAUCUACCAAUCCAUCCGUGCGGUGGUCCCCCCGUUCCAACUGGGAGGUGGCCAAGACCCAAAUGAAUUCAACAACGGUAACCAUCUUUUGCAAAACAAUACCCGUUUUAUUGGAUCUGAAUGUGCUCUGUCUCCAUGCGUUCUUCGGUUAAAGGUUUCCGUUUCUCGUGGCGUGUAUACUGAAGAAAUACUGGAUACCUGGACAGAGUUUGAGUACAACUACCCCGGCCCCAUCGUCCUCUCCCCGCCCUGGGCCGAAGGCAAGAAUUUCACCUUGAUUGCAGAAUGGCUUCAAGCGAUCACAUAUGCUCCCGGGCCUGACCUGUUUGGAGGGCAAAUGAUGGGAUCGGUUUUUACAUACGACUCGAAUCAAGCCAUUCGCAUUACUGAUAUUCCAUCUGUGGGCUCCAGCUCCAGGGAAAAUGACGCGUUGCAAGCUGUCUUCUACGCGGAUUUUAACGGCACGACGUGUCCGACGCCCGAUGACAAUUUCGCUUGCGCAUUCAGAUCGCUUAGUGCGGCCAUGACCAAAUCUGUACGAGAUGCGGGCUUGCUGAAGAACGGGACUCAGGAGCCGUAUGUGGUCGAAGGAACAACGAAUGCCAUGGGGAUAUUUAUACGGAUUGAGUGGCCUUGGUUUGCGCUGCCGGUUAUGAUUUGGGUGUUGAGUUUGGUGACGCUUCUUACGGCGAUGUUGAAGUCUAGGACUAUACCACUUUGGAAGGAUAGUGUGUUGCCUCUGGUGCUGCUUUCUGGGGAGCGCCGGACGGUUGGGGGUGUUACGGAAGCUGAGUUGAGUAUCAGGGCUGAGGAGGUUAAAGUGCAGCUGGUUGAGGAUGAGCAGAAGCGGUUGAAGAUUUUGGUGGAGCACGAGUGA